AUGAUGGUGCACUGUGCUGGUUGCGAGCGGCCCAUCCUCGACCGCUUUCUGCUGAACGUGCUGGACCGCGCGUGGCACAUCAAAUGCGUUCAGUGCUGCGAGUGUAAGACCAACCUCUCGGAGAAGUGCUUCUCGCGCGAGGGCAAGCUCUACUGCAAAAAUGACUUCUUCAGGCGCUUCGGCACUAAGUGUGCAGGCUGCGCGCAAGGCAUCUCGCCCAGUGACCUGGUGCGUAAGGCCCGCGGCAAAGUCUUCCACCUCAAUUGCUUCACCUGCAUGGUCUGCAACAAGCAGCUGUCCACGGGCGAGGAGCUCUACGUCAUCGACGAGAACAAGUUCGUGUGCAAGGACGACUACCUGAGCUCGUCCAGCCUCAAGGAGGGUAGCCUCAACUCAGUGUCGUCCUGUACGGACCGCAGCUUGUCCCCGGACCUCCAGGACCCACUCCAGGACGAUCCCAAGGAGACGGACAACUCGACGUCGUCGGACAAGGAGACGGCCAACAACGAGAACGAGGAGCAGAACUCGGGCACGAAGCGGCGCGGCCCGCGCACCACCAUCAAAGCCAAGCAGCUGGAGACGCUCAAGGCCGCCUUCGCCGCCACGCCCAAGCCCACGCGCCACAUCCGCGAGCAGCUGGCGCAGGAGACCGGCCUCAACAUGCGCGUCAUCCAGGUGUGGUUCCAGAACCGACGGUCCAAAGAACGUCGGAUGAAACAGCUGAGCGCCCUGGGCGCCCGGAGACACGCCUUCUUCCGGAGUCCGAGGCGCAUGCGCCCGUUGGGCGGCCGCUUGGACGAGUCUGAGAUGUUGGGGUCCACUCCGUACACCUACUACGGAGACUACCAGGGCGAUUACUACGCGCCGGGAGGCAACUACGACUUCUUCGCGCACGGCCCGCCGUCGCAGGCGCAGUCCCCGGCCGACUCGAGCUUCCUGGCCGCCUCGGGGCCCGGCUCGACGCCGCUGGGCGCGCUGGAGCCGCCGCUCGCCGGCCCGCACGCCGCCGACAACCCCAGGUUCACCGACAUGAUCUCGCACCCGGACACGCCGAGCCCCGAGCCGGGCCUGCCGGGCGCGCUGCACCCCAUGCCCGGCGAGGUGUUCAGCGGCGGCCCCAGCCCACCCUUCCCCAUGAGCGGCACCAGCGGCUACAGCGGACCCCUGUCGCACCCCAACCCCGAGCUCAACGAGGCCGCCGUGUGGUAA